GCGGCGCUGGGAAACAGAACCGCUGGGAAGAUGUAAACCGGGACACCGGAGACGACCAGCGAACACACUCACCGUCACCGCGCACACGCUCAGCGACAACCGGAGCCGCUCCGCCGGACAGCUCGUCGGCUCUCCGCCUCCGAAGCCGCGGAGCCUCCUGCCUCCCAGCAGCCAUCUUUUGUGCGAGAAUGUACGGGGCGACGCGGCGGGCCUGCUCGGGCUCUGGCCGCGGCCGGAGCUGGCUGAUGCUGACCACGGCGCUCCUGCUGUCGGUCGUCGGGCUGCUGUCCGGGCUGCCCGGCGUCACCGAGGCGAAGGAAUGCGACAAACCGUGUAUGAACGGCCAGUGCAACACCGCCACCGGCAGCUGUGUGUGCUUCCCCGGCUGGGUCGGGGACCAAUGCCAGCACUGCGGAGGGAGAUUCAGGCUGACAGGACCGUCUGGCUACCUGACUGACGGUCCGGGAAACUACAAGUACAAGACCAAGUGCACCUGGCUCAUCGAAGGACAAGCCAACACGAUUCUGCGACUUCGCUUCAACCACUUUGCGACCGAGUGCAGCUGGGAUCACCUCUACGUGUACGACGGCGACUCCAUCUACGCGCCGCUCCUCGCCGCCUUCAGCGGUCUGAUUGUUCCUGAGCGGUACGGGAACGAGACCGUCCCUGAGGUGGUGUCUCAGUCCGGCUACGCUCUGCUGCACUUCUUCAGCGACGCCGCCUACAACCUGACCGGCUUCAACAUUUCCUACAGGGUCAACACGUGUCCCAACAACUGCUCGGGCCGAGGCGAGUGUCGCGUAGGAAACUCCACGGCUUCGGUGUACUGCGAGUGCGAAACCUACUGGAAGGGGGAAGCCUGCGACAUGCCGUACUGCCUGGCCGACUGCGGCGCCCCCGACAGAGGCAGCUGCCGGGGCAAGGCCUGCGUCUGCAAGGCCGGGUGGCAAGGUCCAGACUGCUCCGUCUCGGUUCCUGCCAACUCCUCCUUCUGGACCCGGGAGGAGUACGCUGAGGCCGGGCUGGCCAGGGCUUCCCACAAGGCCGUGGUGGAGCAGGGCAUCAUGUGGGUCAUCGGGGGCUACGUCUUCAACUCCUCCGACUACCACAUGGUUAAAGCGUAUAACCUCAGCAGCAAAACCUGGCUGACCCUCGACCCCUCCGUCAACACCGUCACCCCACGAUACGGCCACUCCCUCGCUCUGUAUGAGGGCAAAAUGUACAUGUACGGAGGGAAGAUCGACUCCACGGGAAACGUGUCGAGCCAGUUGUGGGUUUUUCACAUCCAGAACCAGACCUGGGUCCUUCUGAGCCCGCGGGCCAAGGAGCAGUACGCCGUGGUGGGACACUCGGCCCACAUCGUGCCUCCGGUCCUGGACGGGCAGAAUCCCGUCAUGCUGGUUCUGUUCGGACACUGUCCUCUGUACGGAUACAUCAGCCAGGUGCAGGAGUACAAUAUCGUGAAGAACACGUGGAACGUCAUUCAGACAGACGGAGCGCUGGUUCAGGGCGGCUACGGCCACAGCAGCGUCUUCGAUCCCGGCACCAGAGCCAUCUACAUCCACGGAGGCUACAAGGCCUUCAGCGCCAACAAGUACGGUCUGGCAGGAGACCUCUACAAGUUUGACGUGGACAGGAGAAAAUGGACCAUCCUGAGAGACAGCGGCUUCUUCCGUUACCUCCACACGGCCGUGAUCGUCAGCGGCACGAUGCUGGUGUUUGGGGGAAACACGCACAACGACACAUCCAUGAGCCACGGUGCCAAGUGCUUCUCCUCAGACUUCUUGGCCUACAGUCUGGCUUGUGACGAGUGGACGGUGCUGCCUCGGCCGGACCUCUACCACGACGUCAACCGCUUCGGACACUCGGCCGUCUUCAGCGACAGUGUCAUGUACGUGUUUGGCGGCUUCAACAGCCUGCUGCUCAGCGACGUCCUCGUGUACACCUCGCCCAGCUGCUCGGCCUUCUCCAGCCCGGCGUCCUGCGGCCAGGCCUGGCCGGGGAUCCACUGCGCCUGGAACGGCACCCAGGGGAGCUGCCUGCCCUGGGAGAGCUCCACCGUCGGCCCCGAGCUGCCGCCGCCGCAGCUGCCGGCCUCCUGCAACACCAGAUCAUAUGCUGACGUUGAGAGGUGCGACCAGUACACCGACUGCUACAGCUGCACCGCCAACACCAACGGCUGCCAGUGGUGCUCGGUCCAGUGUGUGUCUCUGGGAAGCAACUGCACCUCGGCCUCGGGGGCCAUAGCGGAGUACGAAGUUUGUCCCAAGGACAACCCCUCGUACGUGUGCAACAAGAAAACCAGCUGCAAAAGCUGCGCCGUCGACCAGAACUGUCAGUGGGAACCUCGCAACCAGGAGUGCAUCUCGCUGCCCGAGAACGUCUGCGGAGAAAGCUGGCAUCUGGUCGGAAACUCCUGCCUGAAGUUCAUCACGGCCAAAGACUCGUACGAUAACGCCAAGCUGGCCUGCCGGAGCCACAACGCCGUCCUGGCCUCGCUGACCACGCAGAAGAAGGUGGACUUCGUCUUGAAGGAGCUGCAGAUCAUGAGUGUGGUGUACAAGGCCACCGUCACGCCCUGGGUGGGGCUCAGGAAGAUCAACGUGUCCUACUGGUGCUGGGAGGACAUGUCGCCCUUCACCAACACCACCCUGCAGUGGCUGCCCGGCGAGCCCAGCGACGCCGGCUUCUGCGGCUACCUGGCCGAGCCGGCGUCCAGCGGGCUGAAGGCGCAAACCUGCAUCAACCCGGUGAACGGCAGCCUGUGUGAGCGCCCAGCCAACCACAGCGCUAAGCAGUGCCGGACCCCGUGUGCCAUGCGAACCACCUGCAGCGAAUGCACCAGCAGCAGCUCGGAGUGCAUGUGGUGCAGCAACAUGAAGCAGUGCGUCGACUCCAACGCCUACGUGGCGUCCUUCCCCUUCGGACAGUGUAUGGAGUGGUACACCAUGAACACCUGUCCGCCUGAGAACUGCUCCGGCUACAGAACAUGUGGCCAGUGUCUGGACCAGCCCGGCUGCGGCUGGUGCACCGACCCCAGUAACACGGGCAAAGGCCAGUGCAUCGAGGGCUCGUACCGCGGGCCCUUCCAGACCUCGGUCCCGGCCCCGUCCACCCUGCCCGGUCUGCCUGCCAGCCCCCAGCCGGCCCUCAACGCCAGCAUGUGCCCCGGCGAAGCCAAAUACAACUGGUCCUUCAUCCACUGCCCCGCCUGUCAGUGUAACGGUCACAGUCAGUGUGUCAACGAGAGCGUGUGCGAGAAGUGCGAGGACCUGACAACCGGCCGGCACUGCGAGAGCUGCAUCUCCGGCUUCUACGGAGAUCCGACCAACGGGGGCAGCUGCCAGCCCUGCAAGUGCAACGGCCACGCCAGCAUGUGCAACCCCAACAACGGCAAGUGCUUCUGCACCACCAAAGGCAUCAAAGGAGAUCGAUGCCACCUGUGCGAAGUCGAGAACCGCUACCAAGGCAACCCUCUCAAAGGAACAUGCUACUACACUCUGCUCAUCGACUACCAGUUCACCUUCAGCCUGUCGCAGGAGGACGACCGCUACUACACCGCCAUCAACUUCGUGGCCACACCUGAGGAGCCAAACCGGGAUCUAGACAUGUUCAUAAACGCCUCCAAGAACUUCAACCUCAACAUAACGUGGGCGACGAGCUUCACCGCGGGCACCCAGACCGGGGAGGAGAUUCCCAUCGUCUCCCGGAGCAACAUCAAGGAGUUCAAAGACAGCUUCUCCAACGAGAACUUCGACUUCCGCAACAGCCCCAACAUCACGUUCUUCGUCUACGUCAGCAACUUCACGUGGCCCAUUAAGAUUCAAAUCGCCUUCUCCCAGCACAGUAACUUCAUGGAUCUGGUGCAGUUCUUUGUCACGUUCUUCAGCUGCUUCCUCUCGCUGCUCCUGGUGGCCGCCGUGGUUUGGAAGAUCAAACAGAGCUGCUGGGCGUCACGGCGACGAGAGCAACUGCUGAGGGAGAUGCAGCAGAUGGCCAGCCGGCCUUUCGCCACCAUCAACGUCGCCUUGGAGACGGACGAAGAGCCGCCUGACCUGAUAGGAGGAAACGUCAAGUCCGUCCCAAAACCCAUUGCCCUCGAGCCUUGCUUUGGCAACAAAGCCGCUGUGCUCUCCAUCUUUGUUCGGUUACCCAGGGGCACCGGCGGCAUCCCUCCUCCAGGACAGUCUGGUCUGGCGGUGGCCAGCGCGCUGGUCGACGUGUCCCAGCAGAUGUGCGUCGGCUACAAGGAGAAGUCCGGCGGUUUGCGGAACCGGAAGCAGCAGCCGACGGCGCAGCCCUCCACCUGCAUCUGACCACGCCCCCUCCGCCCUCCUCCCGUCCUCCUCCACCGACCUCCCCC